AUCUUAAAAUGAUCAGAUCAACCGAUAAUACGCUACCUUAAUAAUACGGUCGCAACCUGUAUUUCCUUUAAUUCCAAUAUUUGAAUGUGUAUCAUGCGCACUGGCCACUGGUGUUAUUUUGAUUGCCUACCACUCUAUUACAAAUAUUAAAUCCAUGGCAACUACUUUAUAUUGUUUGUUUUGGUUUUUGAAAAAAAAAAAGAAUAUAUUUUUAUGAAAAAUACCUCUGCAUACAACUGAUUGUAUACCUUUAGUUUUUAUAUAAUCAAUUUUUUUAUCAUUCAGCUACCGAAAAUACAGAUAUAAAAAUUAAAACAAAAAUAAUAUGUCAAUAUCUAACAGGACUGGCCAGUCAGAAAUCCAAUAUUCAGCAAAGAAGAAUUUCCGAAUCCGAACUCCAAGAUUGGUGCCUCCAUUUUCAUUACAAUCACUCCAAAAAAAUACAGUUGUUUUCAACCAAGAAAACUUAAGCAUCAAGGGCAAACAAAAUAAUCAAAAUAGAAGAGCAGCAACGUCUUUCCGAAUGUAUUAUAAUCGUGGAGAUUUGCCAAUAAAAAUGGAGUACCUUACGGGGGGAGACAAAAUUGGAUGGACGGUUGACAUUGAAAAACUAGACUACAAUCUCUAUCUACCAUUAUUUUUCGAUGGUCUUUCUGAAACAAGACAUCCUUACAAGACAUAUGCCCGUCAAGGUAUAAUCGAUCUUUUGACUCAUGGUGGAGAUAAAAUUCACCCGGUUAUUCCUCAACUUAUUUUGCCAAUCAAAAAUGCUUUUAACACUAAUAACUUAGAGGUUAUGUGUACAACUUUGAAAAUUCUGCAGCAACUGGUCGUAUCAUCAGAUUUGGUUGGACCAGCUUUAGUACCUUUUUAUCGACAAUUAUUACCGACAUUUAACUCUUUCAAAGUGAAAAAUCUUAACUGUGGGGAUGAAAUUGAUUAUAGCCAAAAGAACAACAUGAAUCUAAGUGAUUUAAUGGAUCAAACUCUCCAAGUUCUUGAAAUUCAUGGUGGUGAAGAUGCUUUUAUUAAUAUUAAGUACAUGGUUCCAACAUAUGAGUCUUGUUUCUUAAAUUAGGAUUUUUUUAUAAUAAAUGUUAAAA